UCCCAAUUUCCUAUAUCCUGAAUAGUGUCUUUGUGAAAAUGCUCUACUCAGUUGUGGCAGUCUGAGAGGUGCAUUGGUCUCGGCUGCACUGGCUGGUGGAGAGAGCACACACACCUGGGCUGCGUUAACUAAUCAGCCCAGGUGCUUAAAGGUGUGCUGCUCUCCACAGUUCGGCACCGAGACUGGGAGCUAACACCGAGAUGAUUUUCGUUUUGUAUUAUUUUGCGCACGAAAGAGAACGGAAGGAAUCCUCAGCUGGGAUUCUGGAGGAGCUGGACCUGGCCAGGAAGGCGGGUCAGCUACAGAGUGGGCGAACUGAGAAGUGGCUGCUCUGUUUUACUUUCUUUUGUCUUUGUUAUUUUAGCUUGUUUGUUUUAGUUUAUUGUUUUCGUCUGGAACCCGUGAGGUGGAAUGAUGAAGUGGUCCGUUUAUUUUAUUUAAUGUUUGUGGGUGCGCGCUCUCUCUCCAUAAACACAUUUACCACAAUGAAUAAAAAUAAUUAAUAAAAAAAAUAGAAUUCCUGGCCUUGCUGAUGGCUGCACUCUGGUUAAAACUAAAGCAAACAUUCGCAAGCUGGAUCAGGAAUAAUUACACUUCCAUUUGCUAGACGCUAGAUAAACUAGCUUCCUGGCUCCUGUGAAUGCUGCAGGAGACAGCCACGGAGACAGUUAAUCAGCCCAGUGCUAGCCAGGAACUGUGAUUGGGGUGGCUAGCGGCAUUAGCCCCACAAGUUGGCUAGCUGGCGAGCCAUAUGUUCUUAAUCGCAGGUGUGCUUAACAAGCUAGCGUUAGCUAAUUAGCAUGCUAUGUGGCUAAUGGCACAAUCACCGGCUGAAAAAUGAAUAGAAAGUUAGGCGAACUUUUGCAGGCUGGAUCAAAACAAUCACGCUUGAAAGUUGGUAGUUGCCUGUUAAACCCAAUGCCGUAUUUGGAAAUGCACAGAAAUUGUCUUGUGUGCAGCUGUUUUUUUCGUCCUGACAAAAGUUCCUAACUCCAAAAGCCUGACCUCACAAAACAUGUCAACAUGCCGAAACUUGAACUCCAUGACUUUAUAGACUGAGAGCUGUGAACAGCAACACAGUUGUGCAGUGAGUGAGGCUGUGUGUUUCACGAGCUGCUGAAAGUCUGCACUUUCUCCACACUCCCUGAUCUGCUCAGCCUGGUCUCAGUCUAACACCACACCUCCUGCAGCUGUGUGCAGAACCAGGAAGUCACUCCCACUCUCUGUCACGCAGUUUCAGAGAAACGAAACUUAACUCUGGCUCUGUCAGUGUGAGCAGUAAAAUAACAGAUACCAUUAUACAGUUGAGUCUGCUCCGAACUAGGAAAUAUCUCCUGCUCUUUCUCACACAGAUUCAUAAAGACUUUACUGCAUUCUGAACUAAAACUAAUCUGCGUUUUUUGCAGUAAAAUGGCACAGGCUGCAGGUCUUCUGGAUCAGGACCAUUUGAGCUGUGCGAUCUGUCUGGAUCUACUGAAGGAUCCGGUGACUAUUCCCUGUGGACACAGUUACUGUACGGGCUGUAUUAAGGGCUGCUGGGAUCAGGAUGAUCAUACUGGUGUCUACAGCUGUCCCCAGUGCAGACAGACAUUCACCCCAAGACCUGAUUUAAGAAAAAACACCAUGCUGGCUGAAGUGGUGGAGAAACUGAAGAAGACAGGACUCCAAGCUGCUCCUCCUGCUCACUGUUACGCUGGACCUGGAGAUGUGGCGUGUGAUGUCUGCACUGGGAGAAAGCGCAAAGCUGUCAAGUCCUGCCUGGUGUGUCUGGCCUCUUACUGUAAAAGUCACCUCCAGCCUCACUAUGAAUCUCCUCCUCUUAAGAAGCACAGACUGGUCAAAGCCACUGGAAACCUGCAGGAGAAGAUCUGCUCUCAUCAUGACAAACUGCUGGAGGUUUACUGUCGUACUGAUCAGCAGUGUGUCUGUCUGCUGUGUGUGAUGGAUGAACACAGAGGCCAUGAUACAGUCUCAGCUGCAGCAGAAAGGACUGAGAAACAGAAGGAGGUGGAGGAAAGACAGAGUAAAUUGCAACAGAGAAUCCAGGAGAGAGAGAAGGAGCUGCAGGACCUGAGACAGGCUGUGCAGUCACUCAAGCGCUCUGCACAGUCAGCAGUGGAGGACAGCGAGAGGAUCUUUACUGAGCUGAUCUGCUCCAUUGAGAGAAGACGCUCUGAGGUGAAAGAGCUGAUCAGAGAUCAGGAGAAGGCUGAAGUGAGUCGGACUGAAAGACUCCUGGAGCAACUGGAGCAGGAGAUUGCUGAGCUGAGGAGGAGAGAUGCUGAGCUGGAGCAGUUUUCACACACAAAGGAUCACAUCCACCUUCUCCAGAACUUUCAGUCUGUCUGUGUCCCUCCUGGACCUGAAGACUUUCUCAGCAUCACUGUCAGCCCACACAGCUCUUUUGAAGCUGUGAGGAAAUCGGUCUCUGAACUGAAUAAGCAGCUGGAGGACGUCUUCAAGGUGGAACUGGUCAAAAUAUCUAAAUCAGUGAAAGAAGUCUAUACUGUAGAGCCCAGCACCAGAGAGGAUUUCUUACAGUCGUCUGGCUCCUCUACUGCGGGGUUCUCAGUCGGCUCAGCCGCCCCGCCCCCCCUGUUCGGCUCGACUGCCGCAUCCUCCCCGUUCAGCCAGCAGGCCAAGGCCACACCCGCAUUCGGCUCGACUGCCGCAUCCUCCCCGUUCAGCCAGCGGGCCAUGGCCAGACCCGCAUUCGGCUCGACUGCCGCAUCCUCCCCGUUCAGCCAGCAGGCCAAGGCCACACCCGCAUUUGGCUCGACUGCCGCAUCCUCCCCGUUCAGCCAGCGGGCCAUGGCCAGACCCGCAUUCGGCUCGACUGCCGCAUCCUCCCCGUUCAGCCAGCAGGCCAAGGCCACACCCGCAUUCGGCUCGACUGCCGCAUCCUCCCCGUUCAGCCAGCAGGCCAAGGCCACACCCGCAUUCGGCUCGACUGCCGCAUCCUCCCCGUUCAGCCAGCAGGCCAAGGCCACACCCGCAUUCGGCUCGACUGCCGCAUCCUCCCCGUUCAGCCAGCAGGCCAAGGCCACACCCGCAUUCGGCUCGACUGCCGAAUACUCCCCGUUCAGCCAGCAGGCCAAGGCCACACCCGCAUUCGGCUCGACUGCCGCAUCCUCCCCGUUCAGCCAGCAGGCCAAGGCCACACCCGCAUUCGGCUCGACUGCCGCAUCCUCCCCGUUCAGCCAGCAGGCCAAGGCCACACCCGCAUUCGGCUCGACUGCCGCAUCCUCCCCGUUCAGCCAGCAGGCCAAGGCCACACCCGCAUUCGGCUCGACUGCCGCAUCCUCCCCGUUCAGCCAGCAGGCCAAGGCCACACCCGCAUUCGGCUCGACUGCCGAAUACUCCCGUUCAGCCAGCAGGCCAAGCCAGCAGGCCAAGGCCACACCCGCAUUCGGCUCGACUGCCGCAUCCUCCCCGUUCAGCCAGCAGGCCAAGGCCACACCCGCAUUCGGCUCGACUGCCGCAUCCUCCCCGUUCAGCCAGCAGGCCAAGGCCACACCCGCAUUCGGCUCGACUGCCGAAUACUCCCCGUUCAGCCAGCAGGCCAAGGCCACACCCGCGUUCAGCUCGACUGCCGCAUCCUUAUCCUCUGAUUCAGAUGACGACUGA